ACCCACAGCAAAAGCUCUUUGGUAAUCCUUCAUUCUUGGAUAUCCUCUCUCCUCCAUGGAGAUUUUUAUCUUCUCCUUUCUUUUUAACCUUCCUGUAUAUGUUCAAGAGUUAUUUAUUUUGUGGGGUUGAGACUGGCCGACUAUAUUUAUAGUUGGGUUACUAAGUCGGGGAAAUUUAAUACAGGAAAUGGGUGGCCUUGAUUGUGUUCUUGCCUCAGAACUUUUUCUUGCUGUUGGAUGAGAAAGUUCUUGUGAGCAAACUGCACUUUCAGAGAAGCUCUUUUUUGUGUCAAGGAGCAUCUGAUGAACACUCAACUACAGAGAUAACCAAAAGGGAUUAGUCAUGAAGUUUAUGAAACUCGGAUCUCGACCGGAUACUUUCUAUACUACUGAGGCUGUAAGGUCAGUUUCCUCUGAAGUCUCUAGUGAUCUCAUAAUUCAGGUGAAGGGAAGCAGAUACUUGCUUCACAAGUUUCCACUUUUGUCCAAGUGUUUGCGCCUACAGAGGAUGUGCUCUGAAUCUCCUGAAUCCUCGCAACACCAAAUAGUCCAACUUCCUGAUUUCCCUGGUGGAGUUGAAGCUUUUGAGCUAUGUGCAAAGUUCUGCUAUGGUAUUACAAUCACCCUCAGUGCCUACAACAUUGUAUCUGCUCGAUGUGCAGCUGAGUACUUGCAGAUGACAGAGGAUGUUGAGAGGGGGAACCUGAUAUACAAGCUGGAAGUUUUCUUCAAUUCCUGCAUUCUUCAUGGGUGGAAGGAUUCCAUUGUGACCUUGCAAAGCACCAAAGCCUUUCCUUUGUGGUCAGAAGACCUUGCAAUAACAAGCAGAUGCAUUGAAGCAAUUGCUUUAAAAGUCUUAAUUCACCCCUCAAAGGUGAAUUUGUCACAUAGUUAUUCCCGCCGGGGAAGGGACGAUAUAUCAUGCAAUGGUGCAGAGAGUCAGAGACAUAAACCAGAAAGCAAGGGUUGGUGGGCAGAAGAUAUAGCAGAAUUGGGAAUAGACCUUUAUUGGAGAACCAUCAUAGCUAUUAAAUCUGGUGGAAAGGUACCCUCUAAUCUUCUUGGAGAUGCUUUGAAAAUCUAUGCUUCUAGAUGGCUGCCCAACAUAUCAAGAGAUGGAACCAUCAAUAAGCAAGCAGCAUCAGACUCGGAAGCAGACUCGAGCAGUGAGGUAAUUUCAAAGCAUAGGCUGAUCUUGGAAUCCCUAGUAAGUUUACUUCCAGCAGAGAAGGGAGCUGUUUCUUCCUGUUUCCUUCUUAAACUAUUGAAGGCAGCCAACAUCCUUAAUGCUUCUUCUUCUUCAAAGAUGGAAUUGGCCAGAAGAGUGGGACUUCAGUUGGAGGAAGCAAGAGUCAGUGAUCUGUUAAUACCCUCUUUAUCAUAUUCAAAUGAUACACUAUAUGAUGUAGACAUAGUCAUGACCAUAUUAGAGCAGUUCAAGUUACAAGGACAGAGCCCCCCAACUAGUCCUCCAAGAUCAAAGCUGGGAUUUGAAAGAAGAAGGUCUCGAUCAGCAGAAAAUAUUGAUUUCGAGUUUCAGGAGAGUAGGAGGUCGUCUUCAGCAUCUCAUAGCUCAAAAUUGAAGGUUGCAAAGCUUGUGGAUGGGUAUCUUCAAGAGAUUGCCCGGGAUGUGAAUUUGCCUUUGUCAAAGUUUAUUGCAAUAGCUGAAGCCAUACCUCAUUUCGCGAGGCUGGAUCAUGAUGAUCUCUACAGAGCUAUUGACAUUUAUCUCAAGGCUCACACGGAACUCAACAAGAGCGAGAGGAAAAGGUUGUGCAGAAUCCUAGACUGCAAAAAACUAUCAAUGGAAGCGUGCAUGCACGCCGCACAAAAUGAGCUACUCCCUUUGAGAGUGGUGGUGCAGGUUCUUUUCUAUGAGCAAGCGCGUGCUACAAAGGCGGGUGGCAAAGUGACCGACCUGCCUAGCAACCUCAAAGCACUCUUAGCCACUCAAGGGAUUGACCCCUCAAGGCCUCCACCACCAUUAAGUACCACUACCACCAAUGCAGCUGAGGACCAAUGGAGUGUCUCUGGCCUUAAAUCACCAAAAUCAAGUAUGUCAACUUUGAGAAUGAAGCUGGCCGAGGAUGAUGACUUGGAUGGAAAUGAUAUGAACCCAGAUGGAAUUAGCAGAAAUUCUAGGCUUAAGGCUCUCUGUGCUCUUCCAACAAGACCCAAAAGGAUGUUCAGUAAGUUGUGGUCCAUCAACAGAAGUGCCAAUGAAAAGAACUGAGUGGUUUUUGUUCAUUUUGCAGUUGGGGAUGGUAAUUUAAAAGAGUUAGCCAUAUACUCGCUUUUUUCUUUGUUCUUGCAAAAUGCAUUGUAACUUUUAGGGAAAAGAAGUCGAGAAUCUUAAUGUGCAAUGUAAUCUAUUGGAAUAAGAAACAAAAAAGUUCAAGA